AUGGAGCUGCUAUACGCGCGGGCCAUGCUCGACAACGCACAAGAAAGGGAGAUCCGCAGCCCUGCGCUGAAGGAGCUGCUGCACAAGCCGCAGCAGCUGGCCUACGAUGCCGACGACGUGCUUGAUGAGCUCGAGUACUUCCGCAUCCAGGACGAGCUCGAUGGCACCUACCAUGCCGCCGACGGGUGCCUCUCUAGUGUCUGCUCAUGUGGCGGGUGGACUGUCAGCUCCUCGCCGCCAUCUCCUACCACCAACAAGGAUGACGGCAAGGUUCACGGCGGAUGCAUGCAAAAAUUGGCUUCUAGUAAUACCCACGCCGCCUCAUAUAUCAAAUUGAAGAGCCGUUUUGAGGUCACAAUUUGGAUAUGUGUCUCCCUCAAUUUUACUGCUAGUAGGUUGGCACAUGAUGCUGUGAAACAAAUUCCUAAAGUUGACGGUGAAAAUAAUUACAGUAGUGAUCAGGAGCUAAUUGAACAAAGAUUGAAAGAUAAACGGUUUUUGCUUGUGUUAGAUGAUAUGUGGGCAUGUCAUGAGGAUGAAUGGAAAAGACUACUGGUACCAUUUGGAAGAGGGGAGGGAAAAGGUAGUAUGGUUAUAGUGACCACUCGAAUUCCUGAGGUGUCAAAAAUGAUUAUUGAGGCAGUUGAUUGUCCAAUAGAAAUGGAAUGCUUAGAGGGUGAAGAUUUCAUGCAUUUCUUUGAAGCAUGCGUAUUUGGUGAUCACCAGCCAUGGGAAUGUCACAAAGAAUUACGUGAAGUCGGGGAAAAAAUUGUGAGCAAAUUGAAAGGUUUUCCUCUUGCGGCAAAGACUGUAGGAAGAUUACUAAGAAACCAACUUACUUUGGAACAUUGGACUAGAGUUCUAGAAAGCAAAGAGUGGGAACUCCAAACCAAUGAGAAUGACAUUAUGCCAACAUUAAAGCUUAGCUGUGACUAUCUUCCUUUCCAUCUUCAGCAGUGCUUUUACUAUUGUGCUUUGUUUCCUGAAGACUACAAAUUCGAUAGCAAAGACCUGGUUCACUGGUGGAUAGGGCUAAGCAUUGUACACCCAUGUGACCUGAACAGAAGAAUUGAGGAUGUUGGACAUAGCUAUUUAAGUGACUUGGUUAAUCAUGGGUUUCUAAAAAGGAAUGAAAGAAAUGAUGGUCGUACUUAUUUUGUUGUCCAUGACCUACUACAUAAUUUUGCGGUGAAUAUUUCGUCAUUUGAAUGUCUCUGCAUAUGUAGUUCUAACAUAAAGUCAAUUCAAAUUCGCCAAGAUGUACGCCACUUGUCUAUCAUUGUAGAUAACAAAGAUGUCGAGGACAUAAAGAACUUCAAGUACUAUAAAAAUGACUUGAGCACACUUGAUAAAAGGCUGAAAGUUGAAAACCUGCUUACAUUGAUGGUAUUCGGAGAACACCAUGGAAGCUUUGCCAAGACUUUCUGUGAUUUAUUUGAGAAAGCAACAGCCCUCCGUACUAUUUAUUUGUCUGGGGCGUCAUAUACUGUGGAGGAUAUGUGCUGCAACCUUUCAAAGCUUAUUGAUCUUCGCUACCUAAGGAUCAAAUCAGUUUACUUGGGAAAGUCGGCCGUUAAUCUUAGUGCUCUCUCUAGACUUUAUCAUUUAGAGGUCAUAGAUCUGCAGGAAUGCAAAGGCUGCUAUGGUUUCACAAGACAUAUGAGCAACAUUGCAAAAUUGCGUCACUUUCUGGUGCCAAAUUAUGAGCUUCAAUUUCACUCAAACAUAUUUGAGGUGGGAAAAAUAAAAUCAUUGCAAGAGUUAAGGAGCUUUGAAGUUGGAAAAGAAAGUAAGGGUUUUGAACUAAGUCAGCUUGGGAAAUUGGCAGAACUUGGAGGUUCACUUGCCAUUUGUAGUCUUGAAAGGGUACGAGCAACGGAGGAAGCAACUGAGUCCGAAAUGGUACACAAAAACAGGUUGCACAGUCUAACAUUAGAAUGGGAUGUCAAACAACAUAACAAGGAUCAUAUACAAGAGGAAAAUGUUCUAGAAAUUAUGAAACCACAUAGCAAUAUCCGUGGCAUAUGCAUUAGAGGGCAUGGAGGUACUAACUGCCCAAAAUGGCUUGGUGAGAACCUCUCUGUUAAAAAUCUAGAAUCUCUAUUUCUGGAUGAUGUGUCUUGGGAAAAUUUUCCACCUCUUGGAGGACUGUGGCUGGUCAACAAGCAUGGGAAGGAUGAUCUUGAUAGCUCGUUUUGGAACACAUUGGCCUUUGGUAAUCUAACUGAACUAAAAGAGUUGGUGAUGGAAAGAUGCCCUCCUCUCCCACUGCAUCAAUUUCAGGUUCUAUCAUCCCUAAAGACCCUCCAGCUGCGGCAUUCAAGCGGCAUUGUGUUCUCGUUGGUUAAAGGUGAGAGUUGUGCCAAAUAUCACUUUCCAAUCGAAUGCAUGGACAUCACCAGGUGGGGUGGUAGCGUUAAGGAAUUGACACAACUACUCAAUUAUUUCCCCAAGCUCUCAGAACUGGACGUGUGGUCAUGUGACAAGAUAACAGGUCUAGGUGUAAGAGAGAAGCAGGCCGCGGCAACACCUGAGCCACCAUCUUCAGCUAACAAAGUGGAUGAUGCACAAAUCAAGGAGCACCCACAAAGGGGAGAGGAGGAAACAGCAGCAGAAGGGAUGCUGCUCUUGCCUUCCCAAUUACAAAAGUUGAAGAUCUGGAACUGCCCAAAUCUGGGCCUCCACUCCAAUCCAGUUCGAGUCGACGACAACAGACAAGUUGGACGAGCCGGUGGAGGACAAGGACUCCAAGAUGAUGUCGCAGGAGUUCUUGUUGCGCCCAUCUGUACCUUGCUCGCUUCCUCGCUCACCUCACUGCAUCUUUGGAGGGUAAAAGAGGUGGAGCGAUUCACAAAAGAGCAAGAGAAGGCCCUUGUGCUCCUCGUCUCUCUUGUGGAGAUCACAUUUAGUGACUGCCACAAGCUGCAGUGCCUCCCUAAAGGGCUACACAGACUUCCCAACCUCAAGAUUUUAAUCAUCUUAAAUUGUGAAGCCAUCAUGUUGCCCAAAGAUGGCCUUCCAAGUUCACUGAAAAGGUUAGGGAUACACAGUUGUCCAGCCAUCCGGUCUCUACCCAUGGAUUGCCUGCCAAGUUCACUGCAAGAUUUAUGGAUCAUAGGCUGCCCAGCCCUUCAAUCACUGCCCAAGAUGAAUGAUCUUCCAAGUUCAUUGCGAGUAUUGGAUGUCAGUUCUGGCAAUAGCGAGGAGCUAAGAAGGCAGUGCUGCAAGUUGAUAGGAACCAUUCCAAUAGUCAAAGUCUGA